CGAUAUCCCCCACACGGCCACACCACACAGGCGCAGGCGUAGCUCUCCGCCGCCAUCCUCCCGAGACGAGCCAUCCAGCGGCGGAGAUCGCGCCACGUAUGCUCCCCCGUCUGCUCCUCGGCCCCCACCGCCUCCUCCUCGCCGCGCCCCUCCCCCGCCGCCGCCGCCGCCUCGCUUGCCGGGCCAUGUCCUCCGCCGCCACGCCCGCUCCAGCCCAACGGAGGCCGCUGCGCGGGGUGGUGUUCGACAUGGACGGGACCCUCACGGUGCCCGUCAUCGACUUCCCGGCCAUGUAUCGCGAGGUGCUCGGCGGGGACGCGGCAUACGCCGCGGCGCGGGCUGCGGGGGGCGGCUCCGUGGACAUCCUCCACUGCAUCGAGUCGUGGGCGCCCGACCAGCAGCGCCGCGCGUACGAGGUCAUCGCGCGCUUCGAGCGGGAGGGACUCGACCGCCUCCAGAUCAUGCCCGGGGCGUCGGAGCUAUGCGGUUUCCUGGACGCCAAGCUGAUCAGAAGAGGUUUGAUCACCCGUAAUGUGAAGGAGGCAGUUGAUCUGUUUCACCAAAGAUUUGGUAUGAUGUUUGUUCCAGCAUUGAGCAGAGAAUUUCGCCCCUACAAGCCAGAUCCAGCUCCACUGCUUCACAUUUGCUCCACUUGGAACAUUCCACCACAUGAAGUGAUCAUGGUUGGUGACAGUCUCAAGGAUGAUGUUGUUUGUGGAAAGAGGGCAGGAGCUUUUACUUGCUUGCUUGAUGAAACGGGGCGAUAUGGUCCCCAUGAUUCGUUGCCUGAGGACGUUAAACCUGACUUCAAGGUUUCUUCACUUACCGAAGUAUUCAGCAUGCUGGAAGAGCACUUUGACUUGGCACCAAUGUCUGCUGAGAGUAGAAUAUAACAGGAAAGUUUUAAUCAACCUGUCUUUAACGUGAAAUCGGCUCCCAAUACCUUGAAUACUAUGGAUGAUGUUCGAUGGCGUUUCAAGUGUCAGAAGCCCUGGUGCAUCCAGAAAGAUGAUGGCUGCCACAAAAGUGGAUUGUCUUUGAAACGAUUGUCAAAUGCUUGAUUUGUUGUAAAUCUAGUACAUUAUGUUGCUGACGACUAAAUCUGCUCUUGUGAUUUAGUGACUGCAAUUGCCAUGAGUAUCUGGAAUUUCUGAAAAUAUAAAAAUGGCAGUGUUGGGCAGUCUUUA